AUGAGCAUCUUGCGUGCUGGGGGUAGCAUUCCCCGCAGCCUGCGGCCCUGCCGACCCCAGCGUCUUCUCCGCACUGGCUUCCCCAUACCGCCCGUUGCGAGCCGCGCCUUUCACCCCGGGCCUUCGCUGUGGGGGAUUAAGUCGCAGAUUCUGAAGGAUGUUGGUGAAGGUAUCACCGAAGUCCAAAUUAUACAAUGGUAUGUGGAGGAAGGGGCACAUAUUGAGGAGUGGAAGCCGCUCUGCCAGUAUCAAUCUGAUAAAGCGGUUGACGAUAUCACAUCCCGAUACGAAGGUGUUAUUAAGAAGCUACACUUUGAGGCAGAUGACACGGUCCCUACGGGGAGAGCUCUCUGUGAUAUCGAAGUCGAUGACGGGAAAUACCCAGACGACAACUCUCCCCACGAGCCAACGCCCGAGCCAGACCUGGCUGCGACAGCCCCAGGGUCUGAGGUCGUAGCUGCAGUUCAAGCCGCCGAAUCAUCUCAAAUUGAGCCUUCGGUACCAGAAGAAUCCAUCGAGAUACCCACGUCGAAACAUGCAUCCCUUGCAACCCCCGCCGUACGAGGGCUGCUCAAGACUCAUAAUGUGAAUAUUUACGAGGUCAGCGGCACCGGCAAGGAAGGACGAGUCCUUAAAGAAGACGUCCUCAAGUUCGUGGAGACCAGAGGCUCUCCCGUAGCAUCCAUUUUGGCUCCUGAUGUAUCACCUAUCACUCUCGACACUCGGCAGGCAGAGUCCGUGGUGAAUCUCACCCCCGUCCAAUCCGCCAUGUUCAAGACCAUGACCAAAUCCCUCAAUACCCCCCACUUACUCUACGCCGACGAAUUGAAAGUCAACGAUAUCACCGCCAUCCGGAAGAAACUUGUCAACGACACUCGUGAUCCGAAGAAGAUCACCUUCCUGCCUUUCGUUAUCAAAGCUGUGUCCCUCGCCCUCGACCAAUACCCCAUCCUCAACGCGCGCGUCGACACCAGUGACCCCAGCAAACCGACCCUCAUCAUGCGUGAAAAGCACAACAUUGGCAUCGCCAUGGAUACGCCGAAGGGCCUCAUCGUCCCCAACAUCAAAGAUGUGGCCAGCCGGUCCAUCCUCGACAUUGCCGCCGAGAUCUCGCGGCUCAGCGCCCUCGGCAAGGACGGCAAGCUGGGCCCCGCCGAUCUCAGCGGAACGACCAUCACCGUCUCGAACAUCGGGAACAUUGGGGGCACGUACGUGGCGCCGGUGAUUGUGCCGACAGAGGUAGCUAUUCUGGGCAUUGGGCGGGCCAGGACGGUCCCCAUCUUCGAUGAGGCGGGUCAGGUUGCUCGUGGGGAGAUGGUGAACUUUAGCUGGAGUGCGGAUCAUCGGGUUAUAGAUGGAGCUACGAUGGCACGCAUGGGGAACCGAGUCCGCGAGUUGAUUGAGGCGCCUGAGUUGAUGCUUCUGAACUUGAGGUGA